GCUCCGACCCGCGCCAUGGCGACGAGGGACGUGGAGGCGGGCCUCCUCGCGCACCUCAGCACCAACGCCGAGAUCGCGGACUCCCGCUCCUUCGCCUCCUCCCUCGGCGUCCCGCACAAGGAGCUCGAGGACGUCAUCAAGAGCCUCGCCGCCUUCCGCAUCGUCCAGAGCGCGGACAUCACCAAGGAGACGUGGGUGCUCACGGACGAGGCCAAGGGGUACGCCGCCAGGGGCUCCCCCGAGGUGCAGCUCGUCGCCGCCAUCCCACCCGAGGGUGCCUCCAAGGCCGCGCUCAAGGAGAAAUUGGGGGACGUGGUCUUCGACAUUGGGAUGAAGGCAGCCGCCAGGAACAAGUGGAUUGGCUUCGAGAAGGGGAAUAAAGACCUCGUCCUGCGAAUGGUUGCGGACACCAAGGAUGAGUUGCAAGAGCAGCUUAAGAGGCUGGAGAACGGGGAGGUUGUUGCUAACAAAGUGAUUGAUGAUUUGAAGAAAAGAAAGCUUGUAACAAAGGAGAAAACAAUUUGGUAUUCACUAAAGAAAGGACCUGAGUUUGUUUUAAAGAGAAAAACUUUGGCAACUGAUGUGACACGAGAACAUCUCAAGAGUGGUGACUGGAAGGAUUUGGAAUUUAAAGAUUAUAAUUAUGGAGCUCUGGGACAACCUAUUCCGACAGGAUAUGUGAACCCGUUGUUAGAGGUCCGAGAGAGCAUCCAAAACAUUUUCAUCGAGAUGGGAUUCAUUGAGAUGCCGACAAACAUGUUUGUAGAGAGCAGCUUCUGGAAUUUUGAUGCACUGUUCCAGCCACAACAGCAUCCUGCUCGGGAUUCACAUGAUACAUUUUUCCUCAAAGCCCCUUCUACAACAACACAAUUACCUAAUGACUAUCUUGAGAAAGUAAAGCAAAUCCAUCAGUCUGGUGGUUAUGGCUCCAAAGGGUAAUGUUGUAGGCUCCGUUUGGAUGUUUGUAUUGGCAGGCUUGGCAUUGCAUUCGGUGCAAUAUCAAUAUCCUUUGACAUUCGCAUUGAGAUCAAUACCAAUAUUUCUGUUUGGAUGUUUAGAUAUUUGGUACCUAGAAUUGAUAUCCUAGUUGAAUGCCAGAUCCUGUUUGGAUGGUCAAAGUAAUGUAUUGCAUUUGUAUGAGGGUAUAAUCAUGGUACAUGUUUGAAAA